AUGAACAACCCAAUCGAAUUGCUCCAAGCAGAAGCCGACGAAAAUGAUCAGAGUUACUUUCGCCUCCUGGUCAACGGCCGCAUAAAAUAUGUCACAAUAGACCCCGGUCUCUACAAUGUCGAAGAUAUGUGUUUCGGUCCAUCACUGAUCUCCCUUCUCCCCCUCUACCAACUGGCGAAUGGAAUCUUGGACUGCGUCCAGAAUGUCUGGCACGAAACCUCUGUUGAAUACACAGAGCUCGAAGUCGGGGAGAAGUUACGAACGGGUAUUUACGAAGUCAAAUGCCAUCUCUUCAACGAGCCCGUUGUGAUUAAAUUCGCCCGCUUCGACUGGGAAAUCCAAUAUCUAGAGAAUGAAACCACGGCCUAUCAAUGGAUUGAGGGCUAUGAGAUUGGUCCGCGGUUUCUUGGCCAUUUGAGAGAAGAUGGUCGUGUUAUUGGAUUCUUGAUGGAACGUAUUAAGGAUGCUAGACAUGCUGGGCCGCAGGACCUGGAGGCUUGUCGGCAGGUUUUGGCGAGAUUACAUGACCUGGGGAUUCAUCAUGGAGAUACGAAUCGGUUUAACUUUCUUGUUCGUGGUUCAAUGGCUGUUUUGAUUGAUUUUGAUUCGGCGAGGAAGUGUGAUGAUCGAGAUGCGCUGGUGAGGGAGAUGGAACUCUUGCCAGAUUCUCUAGGGGAUUUAUCGCGGGGAGGGGGUGGAGGACUUCUUUGA